ACGCUGUACGCGGCCCGCUAAGUUUGGUGCGUAUUGGCAACGCAAUGCAAGGCCUGGGAAUCCGACUGUGACCGACGAAUACCAAAGAGUCGUCAGGACUCAGGAGGCGGAAAGAAGCCAGUAAGGGAAGGGAAGGGAAGGGAAGGGAAGGGAAGUGGGCGUUCGUUCCCCUUGCGAGUUGCGAUGCGAUGAAGGGCGGGACGAAUGGAGGAGGAGGAGCAGGAGCAGGAGAAGGGCGGUGGGGCACGUGGGUGAUGGGCACGCCGGUUGCGCCCCACGCCCAUCCGGUCAACCAGCAGGCUGCCACGUGGGUCGCCGUCGAUUACAGCCCCUCCUCCUACCCCGCCAACCCAACUGUAAACCACCACUCCUACAUGAACUAUUCCAUCCCUCCCGGUCCCUCGUCGUCGUCUUCUUCCUCAGCAGCAGCAGCAGGACUCCAGCAGCAGCAGCAGCAGCAGCAGCAGCCCCACGACCCAUAUGUUCAGGUUUCCCCUAUCUCCGGAUCCGCUGGCAAGAGCCCCAUGGAGAUGAUCCUCAAAGUCUUGGGCCGAUGCAGCAAGAAGCUGGAGGACACCACUCGAAAGGCUGGAGGCGUUGCUGGAAAUGUCUGGCACCAUCUUAAAACGGGGCCUAGCCUUACUGAUGCAGCCAUGUCUAAGCUCGCACAAGGAACUAAAGUGCUUGCUGAAGGGGGAAACGACAAAGUUUUCCAGCAGAUAUUUGGUACUUUUCCAGGAGAACAACUUCGAAAGGCAUAUGCCUGUUAUCUUUCUACUUCAUCAGGUCCUGUGAUAGGAACUCUCUAUCUGUCAACCACGCGGAUUUGUUUUUGCAGUGACAAUCCUCUCUGUCAUAAUACCUCCCAAGGUCCGCAUGAGUGGAUUUAUUACAAGGUGGUUGUGCCACUAGAUCAACUGAGGGUGGUGAAUCCUUCAGCUAGCAUGUGGAAUCCUGCAGAGAAGUACAUUCAGAUUGUGACAACAGACAACCAUGAGUUCUGGUUCAUGGGCUUUGUAUCAUAUGAUAAAGCACUCAAGAAUCUAUUGGAGGCUCUACACCAGGCUCAUUCUGGUGCCAAUCGCACUCAGACAAACAGCUAGGUAAGUUGUUAUUGGUUCGGGUAUGCAGUGACGGCUAUAGGCAGUGCAUCUUAUGCCACAUUUGACUACACCUAUAGUGCAGCUGGUGCUUUACCUGGAUGCACGUUGUUGUAGGAACAUUUCUGCGCAUACUUUGUGCGUAAUCUCAUAAUUUAAAUAAAUUAUGUAUGGCUUUUGUUGAUAAAUAAUAGAUGGAAUGCAGUUUCCACAACUUCAUCUGACAAUUUGGUUGACUUGGAGAUUGGCAUGCUGCAAA